AUGGCGAGGCCCUUGAAUCCAUACGCUACUCCAUUUUUCACAGCUACGCAAAAACUCAUCCCCAACUACUUCUACAUUCCCUGUCGUGUUUUUCAUCCCUUUUAUCAACCCAUGUUUCCUCUCUAUCUCUGCCCACCUCUUCAGCCACCGCCGGAACAAGACAAAGUCUUCGCUGUCGACGCUACCAGUAACCUCCAUCGUUUUCAAAAUCCGCCGGAAAAUGAUGAUCGAAUCCGUAGCCCUAGUUGUAGACGUCGUCGGUCUCGGAGGUCCGUUUGGAUGAGAAAGGAUCAUCCUUUGUCGCCGCCGCCGACGACGACGGUGAUGAAACCCGGUGGCUCGGAUGACAAGACUCCGAACUACACCAUACCGUUUCCUGAUAACAUUGAUGAGCUUCAAAGGUCUGACCAUACCACGGUUAUGAUUAGAAAUAUUCCGAAUCGUUUCAGGAGAAGUGAUCUGAUUAAAGUCUUGGACGAUCACUGUAAAACAUGCAGUGAUUCCAAAUACAACUUUUUGUAUUUGCCCAUGGAUUUCAACAAAUACUGGAACAGCAAGACAAAUACUAAUUUAGGUUAUGGGUUUGUGAAUUUCACUUCGCCUGAGGGAGCAUGGAGUUUUUUCGAAUCUUUCCACAAGUUUAGCUGGUCAACUUCAUAUGACUGCAACAAGGUUUGUGAAGUCACACUGGCCAAAAUCCAGGUUGGUACUUAAUUUGUAC